GCCUGCGUGACGGAAUGUAGGCUACAUUACAAAAACAUGCGUUGUUCUGCUCCUGAAUGAGGGUACCUAAAUCUCAGACUGCUUGAUCCUCGGGGGAAGGUUGAAUUUACGUAAAACAAGUUAGACUAAUUACCUAGUCAAUACCGCUGUUUGGACUGCCGCAAAGAAAUCCUGUGCGUUGUAACGUUCUACCUGGCUAAUUAUUUCGGUAUCAGCGUUGGACGGAUACAAUACCCCUACAGCACACCUUUAGCGGCAUCAUCCCGGCUUCCUGACUCUCGGACCGUGAAAAUAAGAUGGCAAGCACUUUCUCCAGGAUUUUGUCCUCAAAAAGAAGCAUCGGUAUCCUGUCGCUGGUCGGAGCAGGAUCCUUAACGACGGGGUUCUUUCUGAACAGGGAGUAUGUCAGCGCCGGAUCUCUUGUAAAGAGACAGUACCCCGCCAGCGCGGAGUACCCGGAUUUACGAAAACACAACAACUGCAUGGCCAGCCACCUCACCCCUGCUUUGUACGCCAAGAUGUGUAACAAGUCCACGCCCAAUGGCUUCACCCUCGACGAAGCGAUCCAGACCGGAGUGGACAACCCCGGGCACCCAUUCAUAAAGACUGUGGGAAUGGUGGCAGGGGAUGAGGAGUCAUAUGAGGUGUUUGCUGAUCUCUUUGACCCUGUCAUCAAGGAAAGACAUAAUGGUUAUGAUCCCAAGGCGAGGACACACCCCACUGACCUGGAUGCAAGAAAGAUCCGGGGGGGACAGUUCGACGAGCGCUACGUGCUGUCGUCCCGCGUGCGGACGGGCCGCAGCAUCCGCGGGCUGAGCCUGCCGCCGGCCUGCACGCGCGCCGAGCGCAGGGAGGUGGAGCGCGUGGUGGCGGACGCCCUCAACGGCCUGGAGGGAGAGCUGAAGGGCCAGUACUACAGCCUCACCCAGAUGACCGAGCAGCAGCAGCAGCAGCUCAUUGACGAUCACUUCCUCUUUGACAAGCCAGUUUCUCCUCUUCUGACCUGCGCUGGGAUGGCGCGGGACUGGCCAGAUGCACGCGGAAUCUGGCACAACAAUGAGAAGACCUUCCUGGUGUGGAUCAAUGAGGAGGACCACACCCGGGUCAUCUCUAUGGAGAAGGGGGGCAACAUGAAGAGAGUGUUUGAGCGCUUUUGUUUUGGACUCAAAGAGGUGGAGCGCUUGAUCAUGGAGAAGGGAUGGGAGUUCAUGUGGAACGAGAGGCUGGGCUACAUUCUUACCUGCCCCUCCAACCUGGGCACGGGGCUGAGGGCCGGCGUCCACAUCAAACUGCCCCGCCUCAGCAAGGACCCCCGCUUCUCCAAGAUCCUGGACAACCUGCGUCUCCAGAAGCGAGGCACCGGCGGGGUGGACACGGCAGCAGUGGGCAGCAUCUUCGACAUCUCCAACCUGGACCGGCUGGGCAAGUCCGAGGUGGAGCUGGUUCAGACAGUGAUUGAUGGUGUGAACUACUUGAUCGACUGUGAGAAGAGGCUGGAGAGAGGUCAGGACAUCAGAAUCCCUCCUCCCAUCAGCCAGUCCAAUUAAACUGAGGUCAAACAGCCUGUUCAGCACUUCCCUCUGGCUGUAAUACUUCCAAAAUAUAUAUGCUAAAUAUAUUGAUAUAUAUAUAAAUAUACAUAUAUCUAAACAAAGCACUCUGCAUCUGUAAAGCACUGACAUAAUGGAAAUAAUGAGAAGAAAUAUGAAAUAAUAUACUCAAUAAACUCUGCUCUAACCCA